GUUCCCGGCGGUGACCAGGUUGGGCAGAGUUUACCUCCUGCUCGGCCAGGCCUCGCCGCUGGGGCCCCCCUCGUCUCGAGCUGCAUUGUGCAGUAAGGAGUCUUUGGUUCUUCAUGCUGUACACGGUGCUCUCACUAUGAGGGACGACGGCGGCGCCGCGUUGGCUGCAUCUCUUGUGGAGGCAAAGGUCCGCGCUGCUGUUCAGGCAGGUGCCCCGCGCAGGACUGUCGCAGCCGCCGCGGCUGCCGUGGCCUCGGUCAUGGCGGCGACGCGGUGUGGCGUUGGUCCGGCGCAGGGCGCCCCUGAUCCCGCUGCCGCCGGUUCGGCCGGUUCCCGGCGGCAGCGGAGGAGGCUGAAGAAGAAAACUAUGAUGUGCAGGUCGGGGCAGGACGCUGUCCUUGGGGAGCCUGUCGGGCAGACCCUAAAGACUCAGCGUGUUGAUCAUGAGGUAGCGCACGUGGGUUCGCACGUUCCUGUUCCUGCUCAGACGGCAGCUGAUGUGAAGAUGUCGGAGUUGGAGAAGGAGAACGAGGAUGUGGAGAUUCGUGGAAGAUCGGAAGUGGUUCCUGUUUCUGUUGAUCCAGGUGUUCUGAAAGAGGAGUUGCAUGAUGAGGAGUUGCAGGGUGAGGAGUUGCAGAAUGAGGAGUUGCAGAAGGCUGAUCAUGAUGUUGAUCAUGAUAUAUCUUGUUAUCACAGGUCCAGUGGUGAUCAUGGUGCCUCUGAUUUUCAUGUUGGGAGCUCUUCAUCUAGGCGAGUCCAGUUUGAUGAUCGGCCUUCAGUGGUUUCUUAUGAGAUACCCCUUCAAGCGAGGCUGCGUCCCAUAUCGAGGAGGCCGAAGAAGAAAACUAUGAGUUGCAGGUCGGGGCAUGAUGCUGUCCUUGGGGAGCCUGUAGGGCAGACCCUAAAGACUCAGCGUGUUGAUCAUGAGGUAGCGCACGUGGGUUCGCACGUUCCUGUUCCUGCUCAGACGGCAGCUGAUGUGGAGAUGUCGGAGUUGGAGAAGGAGAACGAGGAUGUGGAGAUUCGUGGAAGAUCGGAAGUGGUUCCUGUUUCUGUUGAUCCAGGUGUUCUGAAAGAGGAGUUGCAUGAUGAGGAGUUGCAGGGUGAGGAGUUGCAGAAUGAGGAGUUGCGGAAUGAGCAGUUGCAUUGUUCUCAUUCUAAAGAUUCUAUGACUUCACACCCUGGGAGUUCAACGACUGGGAGUUUAUCUAAUGCAGUUGUGAGUUCAGCAGUGACGGAGGACGAGUGUCAAGCUGCCAGGGACUGGGCCCUUGCCGGUGUCGGUGUCAGUGCUCUUUGGCGUGAGCUACACCGACUCCCGAGACAGGAGUUUCAGCGUAGGACUGAGGCUCUUGAUGCAUACAGGCUGCAAUUGGGAAUUGAAAGUUCCGUGGAGGAUGAUUCGCAACAAGGGGGUCCUCAGAGUUCUACUUCCAGGAGUGCAUUGACGCGGAGCGGCAAGAAGCAUCGGAAACGGCACAGAUGUUGCACGUGUGAUUGAUCCUGCACGCUUGAUUUGUCAUUGCGUUGCCUUUCUUCAUGCGUGUGUGUGUUGUCGUGCAUGCGCGUGUGUUGAAUAAGAGCUUCGCUUGAUCCCUCAAAGUAGGUCAUUCGUUGCUUCCUUGAUUUGAGUGCUCAUUGACCUCUGAACGUGACUUUCCGUGAUUUGUCACGUGGUGCCUCAAAGUAGGCCUUCGAUCUUAUCUGCAUUCUGACCUUUAUUUAAUCUCUUGUGCAUUCUCAG